AUGUCCAUGCAGGAGAAUAAGGGGGAGCCUGCCUCUUUAUCCCACCUCCUCAACUCUGGAGACUUUGAAUCCAUCAGAGAGGACUGGAAGGACUGCAGAAACUGUCUGGAGUGCUCGAGGGACAAUGGCUGUGUGCGCUGUCCAGAGAGACUCUUCUUGUUCCUGCGUAGAGAGGGCAUGACCCAGCAUGGCUCCUGCCUGCACUCGUGCCCUGCCGGACACUACGGCCAACGCAGCAAAGAGGUCAACCGCUGCAUGAAAUGCAAAGCUCCCGAAUGUGAGAGAUGCUUCAACAAAGACUUCUGCACCAAGUGUAAGAAAGGUUUCCUGCUCUUCAAAGGAAAGUGCUUGAGCGUCUGUCCAGAGGGAACUUUCCCACACUUGGCCGAUUGCGUUGAGAACUGUGAGCUGAGUCCUGCAGGGCAUUGGGGAGAGUGGGGUCCAUGCCAACACAAUGGCAUGCUGUGCGGUGUCAGAUGGGGCCAGCAGAUCAGGACACGAGUGGUGUCUUGGAGAAUGCCUGAGGAGUCAUCUCCAUGUCCACCUGUGAGUGAGAGCAGGAAGUGCCGUAUGAAAAAGCGCUGCCCUAAAGAAUUUGGCGCGGCUGAGUUUGGAGACUGA